CCCGGCGGCGGCGCGUGACGCGACGGCACGUGGUGAUGACAUCACAGCACCCUCCACGUCGCCGGGGCAGCCAAGAUGGCGGCGGCGGAGGGGAGCGGGGCUGGGGGAGCCCUGUUCCCAGGUCUGGCGGAUGUGUCCAUAUCCCAGGACAUCCCAGUGGAAGGGGAGAUCACUGUCCCCGUGGGAUCUCACUCUCCUGAUGAGGAUUACUCCACGUUGGACGAGCCUGUCAAGGACACGAUUAUGAGGGACCUGAAGGCCGUGGGGAAGAAGUUUGUCCACGUGAUGUACCCCCGGAAGAGCAGCGCGCUCCUCAGGGACUGGGAUCUGUGGGGCCCAUUGGUGCUGUGCGUCUCUCUGGCUCUGAUGCUGCAGGGUGGCUCUGCAGACAGCAAGGACGAUGGGGGGCCCCAGUUUGCCGAGGUCUUUGUCAUCAUCUGGUUUGGUGCCGUGGUCAUCACCCUCAACUCCAAGCUCCUCGGAGGGACCAUCUCCUUCUUCCAGAGCCUGUGUGUGCUGGGGUACUGUGUGCUGCCGCUCACCGUGGCCAUGCUGGUGUGCAGGCUGGUGCUGCUGGCGGGCGCCGGCACCAUCAGCUUCAUCAUCCGCCUCAUCGUGGUCGUGGCCAUGUUUGGGUGGUCCACGCUGGCCUCCACGGCGUUCCUGGCGGACAGCCAGCCCCCCAACCGCAAGGCACUCGUCGUCUACCCCAUCUUCCUCUUCUACUUCGUCAUCAGCUGGAUGAUCCUCACCUUCACCCCUCAGUGAGCCCCAUCCCAAGGGACUGGGACACGGACUGGAGUUUUUCAUGGACGCUGCAGAGAAUCCUUGGCUUUAUCUCUUUCUAAUUUAUAUAUAGGGGUACUGUAAAAAGGCAGGCUGUGGGAUAAAGCCAGAGAGCUGCAAAAAGUGCUCGUUUGUGUGUCCCUCUUUGUGAAAGAUACCGAGGUCCAGCUACUGAGGGGUUUAUUUAGCCCUGCUCUGUACUGGUGUUAAAUAAACAGUGCCCACUGGGACUGAGGACAGAGCAGGAGAUCCGGGAAUUCCAAGCUGUUGGGACAUGAAGUUAAAGGAUCACGCUACUUGGCAGAGUCCAUGCCUGUGCUUGGAUUCUCACUGAAGAUGAAAAUGCCUUAUCAAACUGUAGAACUUCACUGCUGUGAUGUGUGGAGAGGGAAAGGAUAUGCCUGACUCCUUUCAUUCCCUUAUGGAGUGGUGGGAUGUGUACGUGGGGCACUGUGGGACCGGGGGCUUUCCUGGGAAGCAGGAGUUCAGCAAAACCCAGUUGAGUCCCUUUGCAGUGAAUUGGAGACGAUGGCAGGGAGUUGCCUUUGCCCAAAUCUGUGUGCUGUGUGUGUUCAUCCCUUCAUGUGGCAGGGGAAAGGGUUCCAGCCUGAUGCCUUCAGCACUGUGUGACCCUGACCCUGUGUCUGUAGGGGCUCAGAGAGGUACAACCCUCUGACCACAGGGGACAGCUUGGAGUCCUGCAGAAACACUCAGAACUGGUUUGGAAUUUGUUUAUAGCAGGGACUGGGCUCUCACUCUGCAUCUGGGAAGGGAAAAUUCUCUGGAGAGCACCAAGAGCGUGUAUAUAGGAUAGAAACAAGGGGUUCUGUGCAGCAAGUUGAGGUUUGCUGCACAGGCUGUUUGGUGCUGACAAACCACACCAGGGCUUGGGACCCAAAGUUUUAAAACGGGUUGAAGGAAGGAGAGUAAAUGGUGCUGAAGGUGGAGGCUGCUGUGGAGCAGGACAUGGGCUCUGUUCUCGCCUGCCUGUGUGUGACUGUUCCUUUGGUUGUUACAGGGACAGCAACAGAAAUGUGAGCAAAUGUGCAUUCUGUUCCCUUGGCCUUGCCCUGAGAUGUUGGACACUGUUUUGUGGAGCUUUUGUUUCGCUUAACACUUCUGUAAGAGAGAGGGCUGCUCGCUCCAGUCCCUGCAGGUGCUUUUUGUACCUCAUCUGGAGAACCACAGGUGGGCAGGGGUUGGGUGGAUUUUGGCACAGGGAUUGAGAGCUGGGAUUUGCUUUUGGAAACUGUACAGAAAUGGUUCCUGUUGUCCAUUGUUCUCAGUCAGCAAUCCAGGGGGAGAGCUUUGAAAUAUCUGGGGUGAAAAAGCUGCUGUAAAAUGUUCUUUUACCUACAGUUGUGCAGAUAGACUGAAUCUGAGGUCUGUGGGUCCUGCUGAGGUCUGAAUGUUCCAGAUUUAUAGUUCUGUGUACAAGAGCAGUCUGUGCUGUAAACACUGCUAGUGUCUGGGAGUUGGGAUGGAAAUUGCUAAAUUACAGAUUAAAAGUGAAUUUUUUCAUUUAUGGAUAAUGAACUGCUGUGUGUGACAGAGCCAAGGGGCUGGAGAGGAGCUGUGGGGGUUCACUGACAUGGGGACCAUGGAAAUGGGGAAUUUUUAAGCUUCCAUUAAAUUAUUACUGGUAUGAAAUGUGGUUUUUCUUCUAAGUGUGCAAUUUUUUGUUCAUUUAAAAGUUAGUUCAGCUUCAUGAAGCUGAAAAGAAAUACUGAAGGGAAGUGGAUAGUAAAGCUGUUGAUGGUUACAGCGGGAUUCCUUGAGCCAAAUCUUUCUUUCCUACAAGAGUUUAACCACAGUUGCAGAGAAAUCCUUGGGUUCUGUCUCUGCAGUGUCUUGUGACCUGAGCUGCUGUUCUAGCUGAAGGAUAAUUGGAGUAACAUUUAACUGAUCCAGUAAUAUUUUGAAAGGAAGGACAAUGAUUUUUAAGGGCAGUCAAAAUACCAGCUUUUUCCUUGUUUUUGGCUUGGAUCUGAGUCUCACAGUGAUUUGUUCUGUAUCAGCACUCAGGGCUUAUACAAGAGAAUAAAACUGUUCUUACAUUAA